UCAUUCUGGUACACUGGCUGCUGACAGUGUGGGGAUGCAUGAAUUACAUGUUUCCAGCCUCCUAUGCCUGGGGAAAUUUCAGUGUCCUUGCAGUGGGGAUCUGGGCCAUUGUGCAGCGAGAUUCCCUUGAUGCCAUCAUGAUGUUCCUGACUGGCUUGCUGCUCACCGUCCUCACAGACAUCAUUCACAUCUCUGUCUUCUACCCUCCAAACAAAUAUCUCACUGAUGCGAAACGUUUCAGUGUAGGCAUGGCCAUCUUCAGCCUCCUCCUCAAACCUGCGUCCUGCUAUUUGGUGUAUCGAAUGUAUCGGGAGCGUGGAGGAGAGUACACCUUGAACAUAGGUGUCACCCAUGCAGGCCGGGAUCGCAGCACCUAUGAGCCAAUUGAUCAGCAGGAUGCCCCUCCACAGUGGCCUGACUCAAGCAAGACAGCCCAGCAGGCGUACUGAGGCCCUCUCUGCAACAGAAAACGGAUGCUUCCCUUGCCAGUCUAGCCUUCUGCUCUUCCCAUGCCUGUUCUGAUGGAGCAAGACCUGCUACUAAGCAAACAGGAGAGGAUCUGAUUUUUCAUUUCUUUUGCCUCCCUGAAGGUUAGGCAGAUGGGUUCCUGCAGUAAGUCCAGAAGAUGUCGGAGAUGUCAUGUUAAGCACUAUGACUCUGUAAUCCCACUACUCUCCUUUCCCCCCUCUCCCUAAAUCCGUCCUCUGUAUGUAUGAGUGGAUGCACCUUCUGCAGUCUUCCAAGUCUUGUAUUGUGCAUCCUCUCUAUUGUAAGUAAG